GAUGCAGCGGCAGACCCCAGCUUUGUGUGCGAGCGGGUCUGCACGUCCCCACGGCUCAUGCGGCGGAUGGGCAGCCUGGCAAAGGAUGCCACGCCCAACACAUGCGUCACUGUGUGCGGCACUAGCUCAGUAGACGCGUGCACCGACGCCUGCCAGAGAGCAGUCUGCACCACCGUGCACCAGGUGCCGGCGUGGAAUGACAACUGCCUGUCGCGGUGCAGCACCGAGUGCCAGCGGGGCAGGACAUGA